AUGUUGUUUUGUCCUGUUCACGUCCUUUUCGCCGUUCAUGUUGUUCUUCUUUAUCCCCACUAUCACCGGAGUCCUCCGGCCGACGUGGUGCUGUGCCGCCAGUGCGAGCCCCCGGUUGACCCGGACCUCGUGCUGCGCGGUCCUCCCACCCAGGAUGUGGCCGAGGCUUUGCUCUUCCCGGACUUGCUGCGGGACUCGCUGGCCCAGUCCAGGCGGCCCAGGCUCCUGGUGGCGGUCAGCUCGUGGCCGGCGCGCUUCGCCCAGCGCCAGGCCAUCCGCUUCAGCUGGGGACGCGGCAGCAACGACGGCAACGGAAGCUUCAGGAUCGUCUUCUUCCUAGGCUGCGUGUCCGUCGGGAAAGUCAUGCGGAACGUAAAGCUAGAAUCACGCAAUUACGGCGACAUGGUGGUGGAAAAGACGUGGGGCACCUAUGACAACCGGGCUUCCAUCAGCGUCCUCCUCCUGGAGUGGGUCCUCUCUCACGCUUAUGACUCGCAGCUCGUGCUCAAAGUGCACGACGACACGUACGUCAACGUCGGGGCCGUCCUGGACAAGCUCGACUGGUUCUCCGAGUCCACAGGAGCCCUGUUCGGACGCGUCACACUCGAGAGGGGCCCGGACGGGAGCCGGGGACUUUCGCAUCUCGAAGACUGCGCCUACUUCAUCAAGACGGCGACCUUCGUGAGAAUGCAGCGGGAAGUGGAAGAGGUCCCGACCGACGACCGGGAAGAAGUGUUUAUCACGGGCAAGCUGGCUCGAAGGGCCAACCUAACCCUGGUGCAUCUGGAUGACCUGGGGCCCUGCAGAGCCUUCGGCGAGGUCCAGCUCAAUGGCGGGACGGUGUGGUUGACACGGCAUCCGGUGCUGGCCGACGAUAUGCAGCGCUAUUUCGAGAGGGACUUUCUUCGUGAUACGAGAUCUAGCCGGCCGAAUGCACGCUAAGCUAUCUGAACGCGUGCUUUUCGUAGUUAUUUACAUUUUUUGACUGCCAAAAUGGGGCGAUGGCGGUGCCCCCUUUCUUGUGUGCCGAUGCAAGUGCGCUAUAUAUGAAAUGUUGGAGGAUAUAAAUGUGCGUAAUAUCAAUGGAACAUUCCGCUUGUGGCGAAACAAGAAAUACAUAUUCUAAACUGGGCAUUUCAGCGACACAAAGUUUCGCUUUUGUCGUGCUCAUUAUGCGAAACGGAAAUCUCUAAUUUAUGUCUCUCUGUGUCAUCAAGAAUUCAUAUCCGCGGAAGGAGGUAAGCAGUUGAUGAGACUCGGCUAGGUUUUCACUCAGCCAGCCUGGUAUGGAAUGGUGCAGUCAGCACGACAACUCACAAAUUUGUCUUUUCAGCACAACUUCUAUAUUAGCAGUACCUUUUUAUGGGCCGCCACCAUGACUUUGGAGAAGAUCAAUUCCAGCGCGCAACGCCCAGCGAUGGGCAGAGAAAACCAUGCAUGUAAAUUGCUUGGGAGUGCCAGGCGUCGAAUACGAAUGCGAAGACUUCUGUUCUUUGCGCACCUCGUGUGUUUGUUUACCCACCAAAUGCUCUCACGUGCUUUU